UUUCCUUUUCUCUCGUAUAUCGACGGAGCUGACGUGCUCCUUUAUAUUUAUUCUUUCUUUAUUGGAACUGACAAGGGAAAUAUUGGAACUAGGCCGGUCGUCCACGUUUACACAUUCUUUCUACCUUCAGCCCCAAUGGCCGACACGUCGGGUCUUCAGGAUCCUCUGGCGGACAAAGGGCCGGAACAGACGACGACGACAACGGUGCUCCUCGUUCUCGCCACUAUUUUCGUGGCCCUCCGGUUCUGGGCGCGUUGGUCGGUCGGAUUCAAGUAUGGCCUCGAUGACUGGUUCAUGGUAGUCGGCUUGGCCGUCACAUUUAUGGCCGGAGCCAUCAACUAUGCGAUGGUAGCACAGGGUCUCGGCCGGCACGCCGCCACCCUCCCGCAAGAGAUGCAAGUGCAGUUCCUGAAGCUGCUGCUGGCGUUCGAGUGCAUAUACGUCACGGCGGUCAUGUUCAUCAAGAUCUCUUUGCUGCUGAUGUACUGCCGCAUCUUCCCGUCGCGCAACUUCAAGAUAGCGGCCAUGACGCUCGGCGGCAUCACCAUCGCCUGGUGCAUCGCCAUCGUCUUCGUGUGCAUCUUCCAGUGCACGCCCGUCGCCAAGGCAUACAUGCCGUGGAUCGACGGCACCUGCAUCGACCUCAAGGCCUCGUUCAUCGGCAACGCCAUCCCUAACAUUCUGACCGAUGUCGCCAUCCUCUGCCUGCCCAUCGGCCAAGUGUGGAAGUUGCAGGUGACGUUGGCGCAGAGGCUGUCGUUGUGCUUCAUGUUCCUCCUGGGCGGAUUCGUUCUGUUUGCGAGCAUUUACCGCUUUACAACGCUCAUGCAAUUUCAAAUUGCUGACACGACGUGGACGCUCGCCACCGCGUGCACGUGGUGCGUUGUCGAAUGCGCGUGCGGCGUCAUUAGCGCAUGCCUGCCGACGCUCCGCCCGCUCAUGGUAAAAAUAUCGACGCAGUUCGGUAGCAUAGCGACCAAGUACAACCUUUCGGGCGGCCAGAGCGGCGGCCGCUCCAAGGCAGGGAGCCGUGGGCCGACGGAGCUCUUGACAAUCGGAGGCACCGGCGGCAAGUCGACCGACAAGGGGUUCCAGCGGCUGGGAACGGAGGACAGGAAGUUCGGCAUAACAACCAACAUCACGAUGCGAGCGGAUGAUGCGGCCACUAAGGCCGCUCCCGAGCCGGACUCGGGUGACGACCUCACGCUCAAGGGCGGCAUACGCAUCAAGGUCGAUCAGGAGGUCUGCUGGAGCGAGAACCGGGCACGGCAGGACGUCAAGUACGACGAGUCUUCGUCGCGGAGCGGUUCCUCGCACAUGGGCGCCAACCAGGUCUGAAGACCACGUCUGUUUAGUGUGUAACGAGUACCAGUAGUAUAUAUUCCCAUGACAAGGGCGGAAAAUAAUCGAAUCUAGUACAGCAGCCAACGUCAGCAUCGGCAGGCAUUCUCAACGUAUCUCGGCAAGCUUGGGAUUUUGGCUGCUCCCUUUAUUUGAUUUUCUCCUUGAUUUCCAAAGCCCUUUUUUAUUCUUCUUGUAGCUCGGCCACUGAUAGCGUGUGUACUUUAUUUGGGUCUGGUAAGCCAUCGCACUUUCGC